AUGGCGUUUUGGGUGGACUGGGAGCUUUGGGAGAAGUUGAGCGUGGUCCUGGUGCUCCUUUAUGCCUUUUGCGUUCUCGGCUGGAAUCGCUGGAUGCUGAGUAAAUUUGCUGCGACAGAGGCAAAGCAACGAGAGGAGGAAGCUGAGGUCUACCCAAUGCUGCACAAGGAUGACAUCCCUUUCGGCGCCAGAGCUUUGGAAAGAGGUGUAGAAGUUGAAGGGAUAUGGGUUUCAGAUCCCAACACACCCACACAAAGUCCGCGUCGGCCUGCAACUCCAGCUGCAAGUCGAUCGGCCAGUCCAGCGCCAAGGUCGCUGCAUAGAACCCUUGACGCCCCUGGCUGCUCGGUGGAAUCCCAGACUUCUAUGGUCAGCCCAAAGCCUAUGCCACCAGCUGCCCGACGUGAAGUCGUUUCCGAGCUCGACCUAGCCUCCGCAGGCUUCUAUGAGAACCAAAGACCCGCCGGAAUUUAUAGUAGAGCCAGUCUGCCCAUCAACCCAAAUGCGAUGCGCAUGUCACCUGCACAGGAGGAAUCGCUGAUCGGCUUAAAGGACGCAGCGGGCAGCGGAAAGCGUGUUAGCUUCCACACGCGGCUAUUCGGUACAACCUCUAGUCUCGACAAUAAGGACUGCCCAGGAGGAUUGGAUGGCGCCAAUGAGGAUAUGGAGUAUGUCUCGGCCAUUAGCGAAUCAUCUUCCGGUCUUUCAUCAGAGAACAAGCGGAGCUCACGAUUCACGAAACGUCUUCGCCGGCGAUCAUCCGAAGAGUUCCGACGCAGAAUGAGCCAGAUUUUCAACGAAAACAUCCAGACGGGGCUGCCGGCCGAAGAGCUCGAGUUCGAUCCGGCUCUGCGUCAGUACCAGAGACGGUUUCGGAAGUCGUUGCUUCGUCCUUUUCGCCCUUGGCUCGAUUCUCCUGGAAAUCAACAGUAG